CGCUGAAGUGCACGCGCACAGAGGCUACAGCAGAUCCCGAGCUAAAGGUUAGCUAGCAGCGAGUUCAAGAAGAAAAUGGCGAUCACGCAGGACGAAUGCCUCCCCUACUAGAUGCUGCAAACGCGUUCAAUUUAUUAUUUUUUUUAAGCCUUACCAGUCGGCUUUCCUCUUCCACUCUGUUGCACUUUAUACUUCAAUGAGAUUUGGAAUUGGAAGCCUUGCCACCAAAGAAACUGAAGCAUCUUAACAGGGAAUCCACCCACAGCGGGACAGACUGUGGAUGGAAGAGAGCGAGAAACGGAGAGUGUGACAAGGAAGGUGGAUAAUAUACAGGACUGGACAAAAGGACCGGCGAAAGCAAAGUCCUGGAAUAAGUCCUAAAUCCACACUGCAUUCCCCUUCCCAAAUAUACACAUCAAGUGUUCAGCAAGUCCUCAGCAAUGCCAAGGGGGCCUGAUCAGCCAGCUGCCCACUCUGAUCAACCCGGCCUCUUCAACACAGACCCUUGAGGUCAUACCUGCUAAGAAGUCCGCUACUCCCUCGUCAACCUGGGAACCAGAGGAAACCAAUUCUCCAUUCAGCCCGGGGAGGCCCUCAAGCCCAUUCAGGAGCUGCAGCCACGUGCUGCCCUCACAGGCAUGGCUCCCAUUCGGGAUUCCGUCAGCCAUUCCCCUAAUCAAACAGGUCUGGAACAUCCUGGCUUGGACUCACAGUAUGAGCCCUCUCCCUGGUCUUCUGGCUCUCCCUGCAGUAGUGACGGCAACAGCAACUGGGGAAAAGUGCUAGUGGACGGAAGCACAGACAAAGCCAACAACCCCUCCUCGACUCAUUCGUCUGUCUGGCCCCCUUCCUCUUCUUCCUUCUCUUGUUCCUCCUCCUCUUCCUCUUCUGGCUGUGGGUCAGGAUCAGACCCCGAGUUGGCGUCAGAAUGCAUGGACGCGGACUCUAGCCCCUCGACUGGCUCAGAGAAAAACUUUGUCGCGAUCGCUGUGACGACUGGGAUGAUGUCAGCAAAUGCGUCAUCCUCGGCGUCUUCUCCGACAUUCACUCCCUCCUCUGCCAUGAUCGUUGGUGUUUCACUGAAUGGAGACGGAAAUGGCAAUGGUCGUCAGGUUAAUGGAGGACUUGGAACAAUCUGCGGUGCAAAUAACGGAAAUAGCAACAUUACUGGACCCCCGCACUUGUCUGUGGCUGGGUCCGGCAGUAUUGACAGCAAUAACAUGGGUAACCACAACAAGCUUGUUAAUAACAGCAGCGUUUGGGGCACCCAGCCAGGCAACACCGUAAUGACUUCCAGCGGAAGCACCACCUACAUGAAUGGAGACUCGACUCCAAAUACCAUACACCCACAUGCCAACCACGGUGCCUGGUCACAGAAUCCAACCCCAAGCCCGUUGUCCCAGGCCCAACGGCCUCCACAGCCUCAGGGGAUGAAUUCAAAACUGGGUCUCGCACCCCAACAGGGCCCCUUGCUGGGAUGGGGUGGUAUGGCAGCUCCAGACAACGGCAGUAUGAUGGAAGACACAGAGGUGAAUAAUGGUACAUCAAGCAGCAAUGUGUUAGGAAGCAGCAACAGUGGAAAUGGUGGCCUGCAGUCUGCCAACCUUAUCACUGAAUCAAAUGGACCAAAUAACACUAUAACGAUGAAUACUACUACUACUACUACUAACGCAACAAUGACCUCUAGCCCACCAAACUCUAUCGCCUCACCCCAGAUGAGCGGGGAAUGUUCCUGGGGUUCCAUUGGAGGAGGGAGUGGUGGUCUGCUGCCCAAUGGAAACACUUCAUCAGCCCCCCAGUGUCUCCAAGGAGAGACAGGGGGCCCUGGAACCUUCAGUACGCCUUGGGAUGCAUCUACCUAUUCUGGAGAUAAGGGUCCCCCAAAUUCAGACACUGUGAACCCACAAACCCCUGCCUUAAGGCAGGCGGGGAACUCCCAAAUGUCCUCUACUGCUGCUUUUAAGAGUAAUAAUAACCACCAUAACACUGGCGCACCACGCUGGGAUCAGGGGCCAGCUGGUAACCCAAAUCAGUGGGGUGGGGGCGUCGGUUCAAAUCAAAUACCAGGCUCUAUAGGACCGAUGCCAGGAACUGUCAACCAAACUGCAAUGGGCUCUGGUUUAGGAGUACCUCGCCCUUGGGGAAGCAGUGCAUCUUCUUCCUCCUCUUCCUCGUCUACAUCUAACAAGAUGUCCACUGCAGAGUGGGGAACAACCCAUGGCGGCAACCACUCGGACGCUGAAAGUCAUAAAGGAAGCACUGCUAACAACGGCUGGAAAAGCCUGGAGGAUGAUGCCAUGGGCAUGGGCGCUGGAGGACCUGGAAGUGCAAGCCUGGCAGGCGUAACAGGAGGCUGGGGUCGCUCUGGAGGAAGUGAGGGAAGCGGUGAGAGCUCUGGAGGCCAGUCCAGCUCGGAUAGAGAGGGCAGUCUGUCCAAGGGAGGGAACCGAAGAAAAGCCAACAAUGCAACACCAUUCGCAUCCGUUCCGAGUCGAACCGAUGUGGAUCCAAGGGUCCUGUCGAACACCGGAUGGGGACAAACACCCAUACGACAGAACACCGCCUGGGAUGUCAAUCCUCCUACCAACAAUCAGCCGCUGGCUCCCAGAGCAGAUGAAAGAAAGCAUAGCUCUGGCUGGGGAACAGCAGUACCAACACAGGCAGCUCCCACCCAGACCUCUGGAGGUUCAGGAUGGGGAAGCGGUCCAGGUUGCACAAGCUCAGAUACAGGAAGCACUGGUUGGGGGGAUCAGAGAUCAACUUCUGGGUGGGACAACAAGGGCCCAGCGAGUGGAGGUGGCUGGGAUGAUGGAUCCAGUUACAAAGGGAGCAACAACAUCAGCAAAGAUGACAGAUCCAAUACUUGGACUAAUGCGCCCAAACCACAGCAGAGCUGGGCCUCCAAUAGUGGAAAUGGAGAUGAAGGCUGGUGCACUGGAGGAGAUGGUGCCAGAGCAGGUUCUAACAACCACUGGGGAGAUGCCCACAAAGGGGCCGGUUCAGUAGGCUGGGAUAGCGACAGUGACCGCUCUGGUUCUGGAUGCUGGAGCGAGCCAGGUCGGACCAACACCAGCAGCAGUAACACCUGGGGAGGAAGCGGAGGAUCAAAUACUCCAGACCAGAGCACUCCAAACCCUGGCUCUAAUUGGGGCGACUCUGUCCACAAAUCCAACCUUCAAAAUAAGAGCCAGGGUUGGGGGGAGCCAGUGAAGAACCAGCAGGGUGUCCAGAACUGGGGAGACGCCAAUUCGAAGCCCUCUCAUACUUCCAACGAGUGGGGGAAAGGUCCAGACUCCAACAUGUCACGGGGCAACAACAAGCCUACAGGCUGGUUGGGUGGUCCCAUCCCCACAGUGGGUCAAAAGGAUGAAGCAGCAACUGGCUGGGAGGAGCCUUCUCCAGAGUCCAUUCGUCGAAGGAUGGAGAUUGAUGAUGGAACUGCAGCUUGGGGAGAUCCUGGUAAAUACAAUGGGGGAGCUGUGAACAUGUGGAACAGAACUAGCCAGUCAGACCAGGACGGCAUGAGUUCAUCAUCUCAACACCAAUCUCACCCAUCACAUAGCUCGACACAUCCUUCUCAGCCCAUGCAGCCUCAUGGCCAAGACAAAAGUGGCAGUUCUGGUUGGGGCGAGCCUUAUCCGCAGCAGAAGGAGUCCUCAACAUGGGGGGAACCCACUUCUGCGCCGCCUGUUACAGUGGACAAUGGAACAUCUGCCUGGGGGAAGCCAGUGGACAGUAACUCUGGCUGGGAGGAACCCACCCGGGAUAACAGAGAACCUGCAUCUGGAUGGGGAGGGCGCCAUAAGUCUGUAGGUCUUGGUUCCAAGCCAAUGGAGACCUGGUGUGGCGAGGAUGUGUCUAUGAGUAACAGUUGGGACCAGGAAGAGGAAGUAGAGAUUGGCAUGUGGACCAACAACCCACAGGACAACAGGUCACAUGACCACAACACCUGGAACUACAAGCAUAGAGGAUCCAACAAGAUGAAUAAACCAGUCAACAAAGCAGAUGAGCCGUGGAUGAAACCCUUCAUGAAUCACUUCAGCAACAUGAGCUUUUCUCGGGACUCUGAUGAUUGCAUGAAAACUGGCGUGGGAAUGGUGCAGGAUAAGCGCAUGGACACCAUGGGAGAUUUUAAUGGAGUAAUGGGGAAGAACCUUGGGUCUCAACACCAGCUCCCCAAAGAGUCCACCAUGGAUCGCAGCUCUUAUUACGACAAGCUGUCUGUCACCCUCUCAGCUUCUGAUGAGCACUGCUCCAGUCAAAGCAUGAGCAUUUCACCUUCCAAUUCCGCUCAGCCUAUGCCAUGUCCCGACUCUGGGCCGUCUCUUGCCCACUCUAGUCCUGGUGUUUCUCGGCAGAAUGUAAACCCAAUGUUGGGUGGCAGCAGCUUAGCACAAGGCCGUGGUGGACUGCACUCUCAGCUCCCUCAUCCUAACUACCGUAACCAAGUGCCUCCUCCCAUUCUACCCCCUCAGGUCCCUCCAUCCCUGUUGAAAUACUCAGGAGGCAAUGGAGCCCUCAACCCUCUGCUAGGCCCUCAGCAGGUCGCUGUGCUUAACCAGCUCUCUCAGCUCAACCAGUUGUCUCAGCUCAACCAGCUGUCCCAGCUCAACCAGCUACAGCGUCUUCUCCUCCAGCAGCAGCAGCAGCAACAACAGAAGGCUCAGAGCCAGAGAGUCAUGCCUGUGGGACGACCACCUGAGCAGACACGUCCUAUUGGUUCAUCUCCAUCGAUGAUGCAGCCACCACGUCAUCUAGACCCUUCUUUGCUGAAACAGUCCCCAGCCCUGAAACCAUACCUGGAGAACUACUUGCCCCACAAUAGCCCUGACAUGCAGAAGGAUGCUUCCACUCUUGGCUCCUUCAGCAACUUCCCUUUAAGCUUGAACUCUAACCUGAAUGUAUCCCUGGACAUGGGUGUUGGUACUAAUGCUGGCGGAGCUUUAGGCUACAAAGAGCCACCCCAGUCCAGACUGAAGAAACUGUGGGUUGCUGAUCCUCUGGAGCAGAACAGCAAAUCUGGUGCUAUUUCGUCAGGGAUGCGUCUGGAGGACUCCUUUUAUGACUUCCUGUCCCCUGGCCCAUCCCCCUUGAGUCCUGCCGGCCAAUCAAUGGGCUCAGUGGGAGAUGGCUGGCCGUCCCGUGCCAACUCCCCCCCGCCCCAUGGAAACACCGUCACCUGGCCCCAGGAGUUCCGACCUGGCGAACCUUGGAAAGUUUACCCCAACAUUGACCCUGAGACUGACCCUUAUGUGACUCCUGGUAGUGUCAUCAAUAACCUCUCCAUCAACACCGUCCGUGACACAGACCACCUCAGGGACAGGAACAAUGGGCCAUCCUCAUCACUAAACACCACGAUGCCUUCUAACAGUGCCUGGUCAUCCAUUCGUGCCUCCAGCCACAGCGGUUCCCUCACCAGUACAGCACAAAGCACUUCAGCAGCCAGACCCAGUGAGUCAAAGUGGUCUCCCGGUGGUGGUUCUGUGUCUAACUCCUCUCUGGCCCACGAGCUGUGGAAGGUCCCCCUGUCUCCCAAGUCGCUGUCUGUGGCGGCCCCCUCCAGACCUCCGCCUGGCCUCACCAGUCAGAAGCCCAGCGCUGCCUCCUCUGGCUGGGAUGGCUCCGCCCUGAGGCUCGGUGGGUGGGGCUCCAGUGACUCCACCUACGCACCUGGUUCCAGUUGGGGCGACAGCAGCAGCUCAGGGAGAACUCAAUGGCUCGUUCUGAAAAACCUCACACCUCAGAUUGACGGCUCUACUCUGAGGACUCUGUGUAUGCAGCACGGCCCUCUGAUCACAUUCCACCUCAACCUGCCACAUGGUAACGCUGUGGUGUGCUACAGCUCCAAGGAUGAGGCAGCCAAGGCCCAAAAGAGCCUGCACAUGUGUGUUUUGGGGAACACUACUAUCCUGGCCAAGUUCGCCAGCGAGGAGGAAAUCAACCGUUUCUUUGCACAAGGGCAGUCAUUGGCCACUCCCUCCUCGGGCUGGCAGGCCAUUGGCUCCUCCCAGAGCAGGAUGGAUCAGUCCCACCCUUUUCCCAGCCGUGCUGCUGAACCCAGCCAAUGGAACAGCAGCGACCUUCACAGCUCCUCCCUGUGGGGCGGGCCCAACUAUUCCAGUAGCCUGUGGGGGAACCCCAGUGGCACCGAGGCAGGGAGAAUCAGCAGCCCUUCUCCAAUCACUUCCUUCCUCCCGGUGGAUCACCUGACAGGCAGCGGAGACUCCAUGUGACCCGGCUGCUCCAUCACGCGGGCGACGGCAAGGGUCAGUGGAGCAUUCUCAAUAAUCAGCAAGAAUGAAAGCAAAGGUAGUAGUUGUAAACGCUACGGCACUACUCACUCGCAAGAUAUUCAACAAAACGGGGUCUUCCCUGUGGAAAACAAGUUACGUUUCUCUCUCUCUCUCUCUCUCUCUCUCUCUCUCUGCACAUAUGUCCACUUUGUUUUAGCCCAAAAACAUAUCAGUCGAAAUACUUGAAUCCUGCAGGCCAAUUCUAUAAUGUGAACGGAUGGAUACUUGCUUCCAGGUAGUGCUCUUUCAGACCGAAAAAAAGCUUCAAUCGAGCUCAUUAUUAUUAUAUAUUUGUUUCAUUCGUCAUGUUUAUUUGAAUUCCAAUUCUUUUAUUUUAUUUUUUUGCAUUUGUUUGCUGACAAUGUUGGAGUAUGAGCUUUUUUAACUUUGCACUGAAUGUGUUUUUUUUUCCUCAGUAUAUACAGUAUAUAUAAUCUGCAAUAUAGAGGGAGCAGCCAGUUUUUCCAGUGUAGCUGUUUACUCAUUGAGGUCCUUACCGUGUGUGCAUGGAUGUACUGUGUGUGUGUGUGUGUGUGCGUGUGUGCGCGCUCCUCUCUUGCCUUGGCACGCCUACCUUACGUGGAGUUCAAGAUCAACAGAUAAGUUGAAGAAGAAAAAAAAAAAGCUGACUUAGGAGAAUUAUCUGGUGAUAGUAAAAGUGACAUUAAAAAAAAAAGUAUUGCACCAAUUUUUGUUUAAAAACUAAAGAACGUUGAGCUCUGCAGUGCAAAGGACUGUAGCCGCAGCUGGGACUAGCAAGCCCUGCUUUCCCUAAUGUAGGGGGCGGAGCCUAUCUAGCAAGCCCUCCCUCCCGCCAUCUAGCGGGCAAGGGUGGGAACAGCACUUUCAGAAUAGGCUUUCAAUGUUUUGGAGGUGCCACACUGCAACCUCUUGUUUACAAGACUUAGGAGGCGGAACGUGUGUUCAUUCUUCAUUUUAACGAGAAGAUGGAGUAAAACAGAAAAUGCAAACAAAAAUAAAAAAAAAUGUUAAAAAACGGAAAAAAAUCUUUUAAAAAAAAUCAUAAAAUAAAAAAAAAUUAAAAAAUCUUAUCACGGAUGAAGAUGAUGCUUUGUAACUCUGGGAAUUCGGAUCAGUGUUUUUGGCCAUGGUGUUGGUUAUUUGAAUUAUUCCUCUUUUUUUUUUUUUGUCUGCUAAAAAUAACCAGCAAUGGUUCUCAGGAAAUCAAGCCAGUUUUCCCCACCUUAUAGUUGACGGAAAAAAAAAACAAGUACAUAAAAAAACAAAAAAAACUACUACUCCUUGUAGGAAAGGAAAAUCCAACUUCUAGCACUGAAAACUAUGUAUAGGUCUGUAAGUUUCUUUUCUCUGCCAAAUAACUGCUUUAAGCUGGAGAAGCUCAACACACUGCUUUCAAUAUGCUGUCUUUUGAGGGUUGGGGGGGUCCAAGUGUGCGUGCGUCUCCUCCAUGAUGUUCGAAUCAACAGUAUUGGGGGGGAGGGAGUGCUGUGUGAGUGCUCAUGUUCUAUAAACCAAGAGAAAGGCGAAUCUAUGCAUACUGUAGCUUCUCACGGCCUACUGAGAGGCAUUUGUUGUCUUUAUUUUAUAUAUUUUGGUCCAUGUCCUAGAAAAUAUUUUAAAUGUUUCACUCAGUACAGCGACAUGCGAAAUACUUGCUUUUAAAAUAUAUUUCGCUCUCAUUGCCACAAAGUGUUUUGGGGGAAGAAAGCGACAUGUCUUUUUUUUUUUUUUUUUUGGUUGAAGAUAUUUUAACAGUGCAAACGUCGUCCACAUUUCAUUGCCUUGAUCCCAAUUGUGUCCGCAGAUGCAACGAGUCAAGUGGCUUCUACCUGUUUACAAAUGGAAUAUGAUUGUAUUGUUGUGCUGUGUUGCCCCCCCCCCCCCCCCCCAAGCCCCCUUUUUUUUAAUGGGUGAUGGGGCAGGGAGGGAGGGGUGAGGUCCCCAUCUUACCCUUGAUCAAUAAUGUAAGUCAGUAGAUCUUAGCUCCUUUCAUGCACAACUUAAAAAAAAAAAAAAAAAAAAAGCUUCAGAGUGCACGUGAGCAUUCAUUAGCGAAGCCAUGGACCUUAAAUGCUUCAUUACAUGUGUAUUAUUUGCCCCCCACCCUCCAAGCCGCUAUAGGUUUUUAUUUCACAAGUACGACCCUCCUACUUUUUAAGCUGAGCAGUGACUAUCUAACAAAGCGUACGUAGUGACACACAACCUUGAGUAUUAGUCAGACUGUGUGUGUGUGUGUGUGUGUGUGUGUGCGUGCCAGUAUUUCACCUGCACUCUACCAAAUCAUUCAAUUAGUUUACUUAAUUCCACUUCUUUUCCUUAAACCUUGUAUUUUAUCAGGAGGAACAUCUGAACCUUUUUUUUUUUUGAUGAACUUAACUGACGUGUUGAACUGAGAAGCCUUGGAUUUUGCACUCGGGUGUUUUUAUAAGAGCGCAGAGCAAAAGCCAGUUGGAUUGAACCAUCGGUCGGAGGAGUCUGUGUGCUUUGGGGGGUGGGGUGGGGGGAUGGUGGUGUUAGUGUAAUGAAGCGCCAGUGUGUCGAGUCAACUGUUUGUUUCUGGUCACUGGAAAACAUGUCUCCAUUUUUUUCCUCACAUUACAUUUCCGAAAAACAAAAAGUUGGAGAUGCAUGUUUUCCACAUGGUGGACGGGGUCUUGAGCCUGAGAAGGAAUGAGCUUUUCAUUGAUUGAUUCUUCAGGGAUAAGCAGCUUGCCUCCUGUGCCUGAUCCUGGAUCAGCUCACUUGUCUGAUGGCUCGUUCUUAGCACUGAUCCUGUGUCGGUUUGACAACGUAGACGCCUCCAUUGAGUGGGACCCAUGGGCAUGUUCACCAUGUUGGAUGUGGCAAAUCUGCCCCGUAAACUUAAUUCUCACACACACUUUAAUGUAUUUGGGGAAACAAACAGGCAUCAAGAACACUUAGUAUUUUUCUCCUGGAAGUAUUAUUAAACAUCUGUUUACAAUUAGGGGUGUAAUCGGAUUCUAUCGACAUUGCAUCUAAAAACCUCCGCUACAAGCCGUCGAUUCCAGACACUGAGUAUUUUCCCGUGGCGGCACAGAACCCUGGAGGUUUAAUGCGACCGAACUCGUUGCGCAUUUGAAGCGGUAUUACACGGGACGAGAAGAAGUCAUUAGCUGCAACAAAAGAUGAGCAGCCCCGUCGGUGGUGAAUAAAGUCUGGUUUAAGUGAGCAGCUUCAACCUUGUGUAGUGCCUGUGGAUGAAACUACACCACAGGUGCUUCAAGAGUAAAUGGGCCCAUUUUUCUCAUACCUGCUGUUGCUGAUUAUUCCGUUUUGAGUAAUAUCACGUUUCUGACAUUCCACACUACAAAAUAAGUCAAAAGUAUGUGUGAGUCGUACUGAUAGCGGUAUCGCUGACACCCAUGUUUACGAUACCUUGAUCCUGAAACAUAGAUGUAAAAGCUAGCAAAGCAACUACCAACAAUCACGAGUCUGAAAUUGGAAAACGUUCCUGUUUGGUUCCACUGCGGGACUUCGUGGCAUUAAAUAGUUUGUAAAAUGAUGUUUCAUGGCCAAGUAGAAUGAGAGGCAUGUGUUGUCUCCCCCCUGUGGAGACAUGAGUUGGUAGAAUUCCAAGCAGCACGUGAACAAGGCGUCUUAUUGCCACAUCCAACAUGAUUCAUGGCUCAAUGCUGCGUUUACGCCCGAGUUGUCCUCCCUCAUCUCUGUGUUGACCCUAAAGCUCAGCGGUGUCCAAACUUUGAAGGGGUUUCGGGGGAGACGCUCUAAAUGCAAUCCAAUGUGAUAUACUAAACAUGUAUCAAGAAAAAAAAACUCUGCUUUCAGUUGCUGCCGCAUGGACCAGAAUACAAAACGACAUGAAAUUACUUUUUAAGGCAGUGAACUAACAAGUUGAUUAGUUAAAAAAAAGAUACACCGCCAUUAAUCCAUCAUGGUUACCAUGACUCCACACUAUUGAGCGCACCUGAAUAUAAGCCACACCCAGCACAUUUAAAGAGGUUUGAAAGUGUACAUAUACAGUGUAUGUGCCAUGUAGAGGCCCCACCUGGCUGUCUAUAAGCUGCAGGUGUCCACGUGGGAUAUUUACAUAGAAAGACGCACUAUAAACCUCGCAAUCCUACCUAGCUUGUUGCCCCCAUGCCUCAGGAUGGACACCCCCCGCUUGUAGCGUCAACACACGCGUGACUUCAGUAAAUGUAGAGAAGGGACAAGCACCAUGUUACUCGCUUUAUUGCCAUCUUAACCUGCUUUGUGUGUUUGUAAACAUGAUCAUGCCAAAGUGGGGGUGGUCGUGGGCAAGGAAAGGGAUUAUGGCGGGUGGGAGGGGGCGGUUGUUUUUGUGAAUGCGAGUGUGUGUAUUUAAGAAUGUGGACAAUGUGGGAAUGCUUGAAGAUGAGCGAGUGUCAUUUUUUGCAAAAAAAAAAAAAAAAAAAAAAAAGGGACUAUGUAAGGAAAAAUCUUUUCAAGUGAGCGAGAACCACCUUUGAGCACUGUACAAUCUCCAGGGCUGCCAAGCAGCUUCCCAAGCAGGCGGGGGAAGGCAGACGAAAAAGCAGGGGGAAGCUGGCAGGUGAUACUACUUUACUACUUUUUACUAUUUAAGAAGAAUAAUGUGAGUCUUUUUGGUUUCCUCUUGACUGAACUCUUCUGUGAGCAAAUAUUGUAACACCCAGUGGCAUCUAUCUUGAUCAAAAUGCUAGUUGCUUUUUUAGUUUUAUUUUACACACACAAACACAAAAAAGCAAACAUAAAAACUGUGAUCUGCUGUCUUGUUAGUAUGAAGAUGCGCAAAAACGCUGAAAAAGCUUUAGUCUAACCAGCACAAAGAUGAGGGUGGGUGUCGCUCAGAGAGACUAUGCAGUGGAGUGUAGGACCCAAGCUUCCAUGUCCACCUUGGGUUUGUUUUGUUUUUAAAUCCCAAAAAAAAAGCAUAAAAAAAAAGAAUGGGAUUUCCUAAUAAUAUUCCUCAAAAUUGUUGUGCCAUCAUUGAAUCGUACUGCUACUACUAAUGAUAAACGUUACAAAAACAACAAAAAAAAAACCCUAACAGCCGGGCCAGUUGUAGCAGGAGGGUGGGUGGGGUGGGGUGGGGGGGUCCAUUUAUUUCUUUUCAGUCCCGCGACAAGACUGCUGAAAGUGCAAAUUUUACACGACUUUUUUAUAGAGAUUCUAUCAAUCCACCGUGUCUAGUUGGAUCACCUAUUAUGCACAUUGCUUGGGGAGACUGUUGAAUCUAUCGUAGAAAUAUAUAUAUAUGUAUAUAUAUGAGAAUCUAUACUGACAGUGUCUAUAAUCAAACGAGAGGGGCGUCUUCCUCUCCUCGAUACAACAGGAAGUAACUUUAUUUUCAAACGUCUUCCUCGGGUCAUCAAAGGAUUUUAUCUGAAAACUCUUGGGUGGGGGUGGGGGGGGACUGCACUUUCUGAAGGACAAUCUUUAUUUGGGUAUAUAUUAAGACAAAAUGAACGAAGUCGCCUGAUUUAUGACAAGGUGUAAAAACCAACUCCAGUGUGCUCUAAUAUGAAUGUCUCCUGAUGCUGUCUUGUUUGGUUUCAUUUAAAUUUACUUUUUUUGUUGUUGCUUGGGUUUGUUCAGUAUUUUUUUCUUAUUUUUCUGGAUUUUAGUGCUCUUAAGAGAAUCUGUACUAAGGUGUAGAGUUGUAGGUAGUAGGUCUUCUGUUGGCUGUACUCGUAUACUGAUUACUGUUUGUAACCUCUGGCCCUUUGAGCCAGCAUACAAAGCUGUAUAACUUGGGUACAACCCUCAAUAAAAGACUAACAAUCA